AUGGCCCUUGGAGACAGGGGAAUGACCCACCCUGUUGACAAUAACAGCGAGUUCAUCAUGGACUCCGAUGAAGAGGACAUCGACUUGCACCCCGUGGCUGUCGCUGCUCCCACUGCCACCGUCGCUGCUCCCAUCGUUGCCACUCCUGCUGCUGCUGCGCCGGUGUUCACUGCACCUGCAAACACAGGUGUCCUUCCAGCUGUUCCCACUGCCAUUGCUCCUGCUGGCCCUGCCGCUCCCACAGUCGUUGCUCCCCCUGCCCCUGCCGCUCCUGUAGUCAUCGCUCCCCAUGCCCCUGCCACUCCCACAGUCACCGCUCCUGGCCCUGCCAUCCCUGUCAGCCCUGCCGCUCCUGUGGUCAUUGCUCCAGUGGGUGUCAUUGGUCUGGCAGUUCCUGGUGUUCCUCUAGUGGCUCCUGGAUUUGAUAUACCCCCUGGCUUUGCAGCCGCAUCGGGAGUUGAUCUCCCAUAUCCGGCUCAGCUGAAUAACAUUGCACCGUUCUAUUGCAUCACCCGUGGAUGCAUCAUCAGAGUUUACACCGACUGGAGCCUUGUUGCUGCAUACAUGCAUGGUGUUUCGGGUGCAUUCUGCAAGAGGCACCCUACGUACACUGCGGCCAUCAGCACCUUCAACACCGCCCUCACCCAUGGCACUGUGCAGGUGGUUUGA